ACCAUUAAAUGGCAGUGGCACGCAUUUAAGACUUCGACUUUUCGUGACAGCAUGUCAUUUUCGACAUUUGAUUGAUAAUUUUCCAAAGAUCCAUCAAAUUAGUUUGUUUGAAAGUUAGUUUAGGCGCUAAACUACAGUAUUUUAAUAUUUCAUAGUAUAAACAAGGAUGUGAUAUAUUGGACUCCAUAUUUAGAGGUCGCGCUUCUAGGCACCAUAAUGACCGCACAAAAGUGUGUGGUUGAAGGCUGUAAUUUAGAAUAUGAUGUGGUUUGCAGCUUUUCAUUCUACAAUGUAAACACAUCAUCGGAGGGAGAAGGUCCAAGGCAAGAAUGGAUCGAAGGGGCAAUGCAGGAGGAGAGCGAGUGUCUCUGGAGACAUGUCAGCUUGCAACUAUGCGGAUAUCAUUUCGAGAUGGACGCCCAAGGUUUAUGGAUUGACUCACCGAUGUUACCAGAAUUAUUAACACCUCAAGAGCAAGUGGCACCAUUAGUACAAUCCGCAAGUGAUAAGAAAGGGGCGGCGGCGGCGGGAGGCUUCCACGCUAUAUAUGAACAGUUUAUACGCGGCCCGCUCAAAGCUGCUGAUAUAAUUCGUAUGGAGCAUAACUACAGCGUAGACCCCCCUAAAAAGGAACCACAAGAAAGUAUAACAAGACUAAACGUAAGACAGCUUGUUGACACACUUGGAUAUCUGUCCUUAAAGAAUCUUCAAAGGAAACAAUUAUGGGUUGUAAAAGUGGAUUCUGACAAAACUGAAGCGUCCAUCACACAGUCCGAGCAAGUUAUUACAAAGAUGACUGACACCAAACAGGUUAUCGAGAUUUUACCGAACACAUCAACAGAAACUAUUGAAAAUCAAACCGAAGUCUUACAUAUAAUAGACGAUGCUAAUAUAUCCGAUAAUUUUAUAUACGAAAUAGCAGAAGAACAGGAAAUAACUAUGGAGGAGGUUAAAGAAAUCCCGAUAACACAAAACCCUGAAUGGAGAGUGAAUAUCCUACCGGAAGAAUCAAAACCCAAAUAUGCAUAUAUCAAACAUAUAAAUAACGGUAAAAAAAAGCGACAUUUCACAGCAGAUAUGAAUGAAAUCACUUUACAAGGGGAUUUCGAAAACUACUAUAUCCUACCAGAUGUUGAUCCUUCGGUAGGAGUUGAAAUAACUACCACAUAUCCUGAGAACUUUGUUGUUGAACAAUAUAAGGAUCCGGAGAGACGGAAGAGGGCUAAAGAAGAGAGUGCAAGAAGGAAGAAGAAGAAACUUCAGACGGUAAGGGAUCAGGUUAAACAGAUUCAGGUUAAAACGGAGAUGGCUGAUUGGUCAGUUGAUAGUUUUGAAGAUAAUUCUGAUGAUUACGAUGAUAAAAAAUCAGCUAGGGUCAGACGAAAAAAUAAAAAAUAUCUUGGCUAUGAUUUUGUUACAUAAUUGCGAUACAACGGUAUGAGAUUUUUUUGUUUAUAAUCUGGGAAAAAUAUUAAUACACACAAUUUAUGUCGAUGGCAUUUUUUUUUAUUUUUUCAUAUAAAAAAAAUACAUUUAACAGUUUUUUUUUUAAUUUCAAUAUGCCGAAAAAUUUCACUUUUAUAUGCAAAUGUGUUUGUUUCAAUCUCAGGAACCUUUGAAUGUCAUUUCUUUACUAUAUACUAGUUGUUGCUCGCGACUUUGUUCUUGUGGAAUAAAAAAAUAAUAAAAAAUAUAGCCAUAAUGGUGAU